AUGAAUAUGUCGAUGGAGCUGCUGAAAGAGGUGGAGAAAUUAGACGAAUUCGUGAGAAACACUUCGACUACUUUCAAAGGAAAUGUUGUUCAGUUUGGAGACCUUCACAAGAAUGACAUCAAUUAUAUAUUCAACUGGUACAAGUACGCUUACUUCUGGUCGGACUAUUUCGCCGACAUUAAUCUCACAUUUCCAAUAGGAGAAGCUAUGGGACACAAAUUUUUCAUUGGAAGUCAUUUCUUCGGCGUCAAUAGGCACCAAGAAUCCGAG